AUGCCUUCUGCAUUCGCUACCCUUGGUCUUCUCAUCUGCACUGCGUCGUUUGGUUACGCAGAUGUGUUGGUUGGAGCACCUUUGGACCAAAAUACGGGUGAUCCCGAGUUCAUG